AUGUCGACUGGUGUCAUGUGGAAGGAUACGCUGCUCAUGCUGCUGUUGCUUCAGGUGAGCAGACGUGAUGCGUCACCACGCCAUGCGGAUCGCAGCGCAGUUCGCGGCCUGAACUCAUGCUGGAAACGACUUCCCAACAGCGGACGGCACCUUGUCUCUCUUGAACUUGCACGCUACGCCCUCUUCAGUGAGGCCACAGUCUGCGGAGGGAUCGGAGCCAGAGUAUCAUGAGCUCCCUGAGGAAGAUGGGACUUUGCUGGAGGAAGCAAGCCAUCAAUUCUCAAAAGGGCUGCGCUCGGUGCGCUAUCAUCCUUCUCUGGCUCGUCUCCUGCUAGUCUCAGACAUUGCCGGCACUCUCCACGUCUUAGACUGGACCGAAUCUGCUUCGACAUCGUACUCGGGAGGCCUGGGCAAUAUGGACUUGCGGAGCUCUUCAUUGACACCAGGUCGCAAAGUGCUUCUCACUGUUUCAUCUCCAAAGCUGCUUGCUUCGAAUGUCCUGUACAGGACUCGCCUGCACUCUGCGGGCAAAGCGGAAUGGAGAGACGAAGACUCGUUCGGUGCGGCACUGGGAACACAGUGGGCAAUUUGGGACUUGAAGAAUGCAUUCGGCGGGACGCCUGCUUUAACAGGAGGGUUGCCUAAUACAGCUUCUGCAGGCGCGACUGUCAUCGCGAGAAGCGGCACGGAAUCAGGCGGUGGUCUGCUGUGAGUAGUUGAGAAUUUCCCACACGUGCCGCGCUACCCUUUCUUCUCUGAUCAUGUGGUGUUGUUUCGUUUCGCCGCAGCUUCUCGCAUCAAAAUCGCUCUUCAUUUCUCACUUUUAGCCGCGCGACAGUAAGCAGCGCCAAAGAGGUUCGAUUGCAGCUUCAUGAAGCUUCGAUCCGUCGUGGGAGAGCCUCGGAAGUCUUCGAGAGCUCGACAGGGCUGGACGUUCCUCAUUCCAUCUUGACUCGCACUGGCGCCAAAGGGUGGCAAGCUGGAAUUGCCGGGCCUGCAAUACGUGAUGCGGCUUGGGUUCCCUUGCCCGUACAAGACGAUGUCGCGGGGACCGAUCGAGAAAGAAUCGUCGUACUUUUGGGAGACGAUGUUGUAGUUGUUCCAAAACACCUUGGCUUGGACUUUUUGACAGCAUGA